AUGAAUAAGUGCUCAGUUAGCGUCGAAUUGAAUGGUGUGUCAACGACACCAAAUGAUUUGGUGAAGGCUGCUUUGAAGACCGACAAGCUGUUUUUGACCUUCAGAAAUGAAAUCGGACAACACAGCUCGAUAGAUUUUGAAGAAGAUAGAAACCAAUUUGCUCCAAACUCAACUUCCCAUCUUACAACUUCAAAUCUGAUCUCUCACUGUCACUUUAGUGGUUUUUCCAGCGGACAUCGUCAUGCUCUCUCAUUAUGCAGCGAAAAUGAUAUUACUGGUCUCAUUCUAACCACUACCAAUAGAUUUGGAAUUUUUGCCAAAGACGGGAAUUUUUAUUUCAAACCAUAUGUAGAGGACAAUUGUGACUUCGGCUCACUGUUACGAACCAAACGAGCUGCUGAUUCAGUGAUCGAUCGAAAUCCGUCAUAUAUUAGGGAACAUCUGGAUGGUCGUAGAAGAUAUGUUGAAUUGGCACUGGUUGCUGAUUAUUCAAUCUAUACCAAAUACGACUCCGACGAGAAGAAAGUCAAUGAUUACAUGCAAGAAACUAUUAAUAUUCUCAAUUCGCUUUACCAUCCACUGAACAUUCAAAUCACCUUAGUGCAUUCGGAGAUUUGGAAAAAAGGCGACAAAAUUUCAGUCAUUGCUGAUUCAAAAGAGACCCUCGCGAGUUUUAUGAUUUAUAAGAAGGAAAUGCUAAAAGAGCAUUUGUUCGAUACGGGAUAUUUGAUGACAACAUUGCGAUUCGAUGAAGGUGUUGUUGGAAAGGCGUAUAAAGGAACGAUGUGCUCUUAUGACUAUUCCGGCGGAGUCUACGUGGAUCACAAUACGGAUAAAGUCGAAACAGUGGCAACAUUUGCCCAUGAGCUUGGCCAUACGUUUGGAAUGGACCACGAUCCGGAAGACCGAGAAGUUUGUAACUGCCCAAUGCCAAAAUGCAUUAUGGCCCCACAAUCGGGCCAUAUGGAAGUUUGGUCGGAGUGCAGCGUGAAAAACUUGGCGAGCGGUUUCCAUCGAGGAGUCGACUUAUGUUUGUUCAAUGAGCCCGGAAAAAAGCCAUCGGAAGGAAAGUGUGGGAAUGGUAUUGUCGAACCUGGAGAGGAAUGCGAUUGCGGGCCAUUGAAAUGCGAUAAUAAGUGUUGCGAUGGUUCAACUUGCAAAUUGAUUGGAGACGCGAUUUGCGCGACUGGCGACUGUUGCGAUUUGAAGACGUGCAAGCCGAAACCUCGAGCAACUGUAUGCCGUGCUGCAGUUGGUAUUUGUGACCUUGACGAAUAUUGCAACGGCGAAACGAAUGAUUGUCCUGCCGACUUUUUUGUACAAAAUGGAGCAACGUGCCCAGGAAGAGAAAACGAAUAUUGCUAUGAAGGAGGAUGUGGAAGUCGGAACGAUCAGUGCGCCAAACUCUGGGGACCGACGGGUAGCGGUGCUGACAAAAACUGCUAUCGGCGAAACACUGAAGGAAAUAUUUACGGAAACUGCGGAUACAAUGUUCAUACGAAUGAAUUUAAGAAGUGUGCUGUCGAGGACAUUCAAUGCGGUUUAAUGCACUGCGAUACUCAGUCGGAGAGACCAAUCUAUGGCGACCCGGGUUCAAUGCAGUUUAUUCAUAAUUAUAUUUAUUCAGACGACAAAGUUAAAAAAUCAUGUUAUUCCAUCAAAUCAAGCUACAUUGGUACAAAUCAACCGGAUCCCGGCCAAGUACCGGACGGGUCCAAAUGCGGUCCGGAAGAUAUGUGUAUUGGUCGCAAAUGUCAGAAGAAGUCAAAAGUGGCAAAAGUUACCCCACAAUGUUUGGAUAAUUGCAACAAUCGAGGUGUUUGCAACAAUGUUGGAAAUUGCCAUUGUGAUCGUGGAUUUGGCGGAAUAGCAUGCGAAAUUCCUGGUUAUGGUGGUUCAGUGAACAGCAAUGAAGCUUACACUUUUCGAGGAAUCACAUUGUCGUCAGCGUUUAUUUUGUUUUUCGCUGCUUUGGGAUUUCUGAUUGCCGGUUGUUGUGUAUAUUAUAGAGUGAAGAAGAAUCGAAAUCUCCUUGGAGAGUGGUGGAAGUUUAUUAAGAAGAAGCUGGAUCUGCAUGGUGAACUUGUUCCCGUUCGCAAAGCACCGCCACCACCUUACGCUAAACGAAUAAGGCAAAGUUUAACAGCAAUGUGGGGUGAUGACAGUUCUCGUCAUAAUGUUAUCCCUCCCGGACCACCUCCUCGUUUGGAUGUUCCAUCAAUCCCAAUGGUUACGCUGAAAAAUGAUGCAUCUAGUCCGACUCUUUUGCUAAAUGGAAACUACUCUAAAGGAACAAUCGAAAAGCCGUAUGAUUAUGGAACGGAUUCAAUCAGUCGUACCGGUUCGCUUCGUCCAAAUUUCAAACCGCCACCGAUCCCUAGGCCAAGUGAAGAAGCUUUGCAGAUGCUGAAGCAAGAGCUCAACGAGGAAAAAUACGAAAAAUUAAUUCAAAAACCUACACAACCUCCUCCUCCGCCGGUGCCCGCGAAACUUCCAAGUGUUAAAAGAAAUGAAAGUUUCCGUCCAGAAGUCGCUCCUCCGCCUCCUCCCGUGAGAGGCAUUUCGACGGGAAACACUCCGCCCAAGCCUGCUAUUCCAUCGAAGCCUCCGAAAAUUGCUGAGAAAUUGCGAAAGAAGGUCCAACAAGAUGAGGACGAGGAAGAGCGCAUUGAUGUGCGAUCAAUUGCAGCAAGAUUUGAAAACUCGAAAAAAUAA